AUGACAAAACCAAGAGCGUCUCUCCUUACACUUCCUACUGAAACACUCUUUCAAAUUAUUUCUUAUCUUGGUUCUGCACAUCUUAAACAACUUUCCCUUACUAAUCGUUCCUUAUAUUCUCUUACCCCUACUUAUCUUUUCAAAACUGUAAUUGUUUACAAUAUCUCACCUUUCUUUUUACAGACGAUAGUUCCAAAGUAUGGACAAUAUUUUGGAACCUUGAAUAUUCAAGGUCGAGCUUCUCAAGAGUUUAUUGAUCAGCUUGGUGCAUUAUUGAUAAUACUAGACGAUUAUUGUGAUCGACUCGAAAAUUUUAAUAUUAUUGUGUUAGAACAAACACCCGGACUGUUAGAAUUUAAUCCACCCUGUUUCAGUCAAAGUCUUCGUAAAAAUCGAUCAAAAUCUUUGAAAUUAACUUGCUCUGCACAGUUAAUUACUUUUUUGGCGCCAAUUUAUUUUCCUUCAUUUAAAGGAAAUAAUUUGGAUUCAUCAGAUUUGGGAUUGUUAAUACAUGCAGUCAUUCAAUCAGUAUUCUGUUUAAAUCAUUAUACCGAAAGAUAUGGUUCUCAGAUCACAAGAGCCCAUUUAUCUUUUGAAGGUUUGUCUGAUGUUUGGGUAUUAGAACUAUUUAAUAAUUGUUCAUGUUUACAAGAAUUAGUUUUAGAAAGAAAAUACGUAGACGAUUAUAUUGAGAUAACUGAUGCUACUUUGGAUGGUUUGUGUGCCCUCUCAAAUACUUUGAGAUCACUCUCUUUCAUUUCGGAAUGUGAUUGUCCUGUUACAGAGUGUUUCACUCUUGCUGGCUGGAAACGAAUGUUAUGUAGUACUCCUAAUUUAGAAAAAUUAGAUAUUUCAGGACUUAAUUUGUAUUUUACUUCCAAUCUAUUACCCUUAAUUGCUGAUCAUUAUACAUCUCGACAUUUAUGGUUAAAACAAACAAAUGUACUAAAUCAUUUACCUUCCCGAAAUAAACAUGAACAAGAACUCAUGAAUUUGAUAUCAAUUUGUAAAAACAAUUUAUUAGCUCUUGAAUCGAGUUAUAUAACAGAUGCUGUUAUUAGAUGUUUAACUAUGUAUUCUCCGGGACUUAUUAGAUUAUGUUUUGAUGGUGAUUUACUUAAUAAUAGAAAAAUAUCUUUAGACAUUAUUGAACAACGUCUUGUAAAUCUGGAAACAUUUCGUACAUGGAAUUUGUUGCCACGGAAAUGGCCUAUUGGUCUACGUGAAAGAUUUGGAAAAUUGAAGAAUGAGUAUAACUGUUUAGAUGAUGAUGAUGAUGAUGAUGAUCUUGAAGACUAUCAUAACUAUCAUAAAGAUUUUUUACAUGAUACAAAAUUACGAUACACUAAUGUUGAUAGUCAAAUGCGUAGUCGGUCGCGUCGAAAUUCUUCUGUCAGAAAACAUAAUCGACUAAAUAUUUGGAUUAUUUUAUUAAUAUUUUUUUUAAUUUUUUAUUACUUUACAACUCAGGAGGAAAUAAAUAAAUAA